CUUUACACAUAUUUUCUCUGCAGAUGCGUUCGGUUAGCUUUGGUUCAUGAUAUGGCUGAAUGCAUAGUUGGUGACAUUACUCCUGCUGACAAUAUUUCCAAAGAAGAGAAACACAGGCAAGAAGAGGAAGCUAUGAAACAUUUGACCAGAUUGCUGUCAGAGGAUCUGAGAAAAGAGAUUUAUGAACUAUGGGAAGAAUAUGAAUAUCAGUCAACUGCAGAAGCAAAAUUUGUAAAACAGCUGGACCAAUGUGAGAUGAUUAUUCAAGCCUUAGAGUAUGAAGAAUUAGAGAAAAGACCUGGGACGCUACAAGACUUUUAUGAUUCUACUGCCGGAAAUGGUUCCAACCGUCAAAGUCCUCCAUAUGAUUGAAGUUGCAAGACAUCCUUGUUAGUCAGGUUUCAAAGACACAAGAAGCUGCCCACAGCCAUUUCCCUGAUGGUGGCAGCAGCUGCUCCUCUGUUUUGCAUGACUUUGGCUUGUCUACUUGUAUUCCUGAAGGCUAGCAAAAAAGCUGGCAAUUUGAACAAUGAUGUUCAAAUGUGAUGUUGAUUCCAGAGGCAAUGGACGUUUAAAAGCCCAGUCCAUUGUGUUAAUGUGUGCUGUGGACUUGUUCCUGCCCACAUCUGAUCAUUUCAGGUGCUCAGACCAUAGAUUAAGGCAAUAACACAACAUGUCUUUAGCAUUUUUUUCAACAUUCCAUAUUUUAUUGUAGUUUUAUGAAGGAACACUUUAGAAAAUAGAACUAGUGUAGGCAAGCAGGUCAGUACCAAAUAUAAAAGCUUACACAGUACAGUAACAAAAUUCUUGUAGAUGAAAGUAUGGUUACCAAAGUUACUGCCAUAAUCUUGCACUUAGCAGACUUGAAGAUUAUGUUAACUAAUUGUGAACUCUUGAU